AUGUCUGGCUUCAUGCGCCGUCCUCAACAAACCUGGAACCCGCUCGGCUCCUCCCCCGAACCCUACGAAUACCACCAAACAUCACACAACUGGCGCGACAGUGACCUACACGACAUAGGUCUGGGAAUCUCCAGCUCAGAGGGCGAGAGAAUCCCCAGACACAAUCCCAACCAACCCUCAAUUGACAGCGAUGCGACCAAAGUCCCAACCCCGCAAACCACGUCCCCACAUGUAUCCUGCGCCAAUCGAAGGACGGUGCUCCAGAAACGACUCUCAUGGAUUCCCAUCACGAUCUUUGUGCUUGCGCUCUAUGCGACCGUCUGGUCGGGGAUUUACCUGGCCAUCGCCCUGUGGAAGCCAAGAUGGCCCAAGGUCUCGAGCGACGGGCCGUUGAAACCCGAUGACGCGGACACGAUAAGUGCUGCUAUUGCGAAAUCUAUCGAAUUGUCCUAUGUGACGGUCUGCGUGGCUUUUCUGGGCCAGGUCCUCAGUCGCCGGGCGUUGAUGACGGGGUCGCGCGGGAUCAGUAUCUCGGAUAUGAGUAUGAGGGCGUGGAUCAUGCAACCGGGAUCCAUGAUCGUGCACUGGGAGACAGUGCGGUAUUCGGCGCUCACUUUUCUCGGCGCGACGGCCUUGACUGCGACAAUUGUCUCUACGUUCUAUACAACGGCUGCUCAGGCUUUGGUUGCUCCGAAUCUCUCUAUGGGCCCAGUGGAGUCAAAAGUUCUACAAGGGAAGGUUGCAGCUUCAUUCGCCCAUCCAGGGUACAUCCCCGCGAAUUGCAAAUCGCCCACCCCCUGGGACCAGGACCGUUGGGCACGCAACACCACCUGUAUCCAAAUUGAACAUAGUGGCCAUUCCUAUCGCAACUACCAAAAAUGGCUCACCACAUGGGUGGACACGAUUAAUGGCGACAACGAAACAUCAUCUGAUUUGAAGAAGCGGCCUGCGCCCAGUGGCUCCAUUUGGGACAAUACCACCAUCACGGGGAGCUGGAUCGAAACCCAAGAUGUCACAGCUCUAUCAGAGAAAUAUGGCAGAAUGGUCAUCAAUGUCACAAUGGCUAUGCCACACGGAGGCAUUCCCCUCGCAGCAAUCAAUCCGAAAAAUGGCAUCAAGCAACCGCGAGGCGCCACCGGCGAAGGCAAAUAUGACAUCGAAGCAUCUGUGGCAUCUCCAGCCGUCAACGUCAUUUGUGCAGGAAUGGAUAAGGAAGACCUCGCGCCCCUGGUCUUCACAACCUUCCCCCAAGGUGACACUUUCGUCGCCACGAACUGGACGACGAUGUCACAAUCUAUAUUCCCGAAAUCCUCCAUGCUGAACAGAACAAUCGUCGAUGACCUCUUCGAAAUUGGCCCUAAAUAUGGCCAAUUUCCACCCAUCUUCGGCAAAUACCCUGAACCCUAUAACACAAUUCUCAAUCAGACGAUCCUAAACGACCCUCUUCCAAAUGAUCCCAGUGGCAAUGCAUCCACCCAGUUCUCGAUAUACCUUCUCGGCGCAACAGCAGCAAACGAUAAACCACCCUACAUAAUGUGCGGACUCCGCGCAAAGCUCACAGGUCACUGCUCGACCAAAUUCCACACCGAAUCCAGCGGCGCAAGUCUCACCUCGCAUUGCGACGAUCCCAAGAACGACCUACAGUACAAUCGCCAGCAUCCCGACAUGAGAGAAGGAGAGUGGAAAACAGACUGGAAGAACGUUGCUUCAGAGUGGGCGAACUCGCUAAGUCUCGGCGCAGGCAUCACAGAUGGCGCGGCAAGCAAUGCCCGUCUUCUAAUGCAGUUGUUGCCACGAAGAUACGUCAAUGGGACAUACAAGCUUGAUCCGAAGAUGCCCAGCAUUGCGGAAGCACUGGCCGUUAUGGCCGGGAGUACGCUUAUACUCAGCACCCAGGACGCGCCAUUCUACCAUGAUUGGAAUUAUACGAAAAAGACAGGAUUCAUUCUUGAUCCGCCUGUGUAUGAGCGAUUCAAUGCAACGGUGCAGGAGAUCGGGUAUGCGUCUGGCGGGGCGAAGUGGCAGGGUGUAUUCUAUGUUGUUUUGGUAUUUGCUUUCUUGACGAGUGCUAUUUGUUUGGUGUUUAUGAUUGUCGAAGCACGAGGACACCAAGUGACUGAUUUCACGGAGCCGCAGAACCUAUUCGCCAUUGCUGUGAAUAGUCCGCAGAAUUCGCGGUUGGCGGGGGCAUGUGGGUGUGGGCCUUGUGGGACGCAGUUGAAGGAUCGGUGGUUUAUUGGGAUGGAGGAGAAUGAUGAGCAUUAUUAUAUUGGCACGAAGGGGGAGGAGAAGCCUUUGCUUCAGGGGACGCCUGAGAUAUUGGGUGAAGAGAUGUUGAGUCCGGUUGUUGAUGAGUUCAGGAGGGUUUCGAAGAGGAACUCUGUUCUGGGGAAACUGUACUGA